UGCAAGAUUGCAUUCUAUUUUAUCGACUGGAAUUGCCAAGCAAACGUCACUUAUUUGUCAAUUUUAAGUUACAAUUUUUAACCCAAAAUGAUAUUUUCCUUGACUAGGGAUAUAUUUAAGUAGUUUUUAAGGAUAAAUUAAAAAUGGCAUGGCUUCAAAAUUUAGCUGGAAAGGCCGAGGAUUUAUUAAAUAAGGUUGAUCAAAAUGCUGCUACUGUGCUAACAAUAAGUAAAGAAAAUGAUAUAGGCUUAAGUAAUAAUUUGUCAACAAAUAAUGAAUCUAAUGUAAAUAGUAUGGAUUUAAGUAAAAGUUUGUCAAAUUUAUCACAAACUGAAGAUAUGCAGGGUGACAAUGUUGGCAUUAGUUUUAAUGUUCAAUCUGAGAAGAGUACACAUUCCAUUGAAAUAAAUCCUUCCAGCAAUAAGUCAGAAUCUUUUACUAAUUCAAUACAAGAAAGUUUUAUAUUAGCUGAAGGUUUAUAUGAAAAAAUUGCAAAAUUGGAAUUUGAAAAUCAAGAUUUAAAUCGACAACUUCUAAAUUUACAACAUUUAUAUUCUGAAUUACGUAAUAACAGAGUUAAUUUGGAGUCAAAAAUACAAAGAUUAAAUGAAGAAUUAGAUAAUACUCAAAAAGCAAAGGAGCAGUAUAAGGUUAGAGCUUACAGAAUACUACAAGAAAAAGAAAAGUUUAUUAAAGAAAAUGACAAAGAAGUAAAUGAUGAUAUAUAUGCUAAUUACAAUGAGAAUUUAAAGGAAGAAUUAAAGUUUCAACAAGACAAAAAUGCUGAGUUGGUGGAAAGAAAUAAAAAACUAACACAUGAUAUUCAGUCACUUCAAAUGCAACAUCAAAUAAUACAGAAUGGGUUGCACCAAUCAAACUUAACCUUGGAAGAAAAUUUACUAAAUGAAAAAAAAUAUAGAAAAUCAGCUGAGGAUGAUUGUGCUUUAAAAUUAAAAGAAGUGAAACAAGAUUUAUCAAAACUACAAGAGUUAUUGAGCACCAAAGACACUGAAAUAAUAAAAUUACAAACAUUGUUAAAGAAAAAGUUAACACUAAAAACAGAUAAGGAUGUUGAGAAUCAAAUAGAAUCUUUAACACAAACUUUAAUGUUAAAACAAAGUUCUCUGGAAACAGCAACUACAGAACGAAAUGCUUUAAAACUUCAAGUUGAAAAAUUGGAAAAACUUUAUAAAGAUUCACAACUGCAAAAAUCUCAAGUCAAGAUUAUUAAUGUUAAUGAUAAUGGUGAUUUAAAUGACAGACCUCAAAUACCUCAUUUUUUGAGGGCAUCUUUGUUGGAUGCUGGAGUUACAAGAAGGGUAAAGCAUGCCUAUUCAGUUGUUGAUGCUGUAAGCAUCCGAACUGGAAUUUUUUUAAGGAGAUAUCCUGUGGCUAGAGUCUGUAUCUUUUGUUAUAUGGUUUUACUUCAUAUUUGGGUCUUGAUUAUAUUGUUUUUAUAUGCUCCAAGCAAUAGAUAACUUUAUAUUCAUGUGUAUAAUUUAUUGUGAUAAUGUAUUAAAAAGUAUGGGUUUUACUUGUUUAUUUAGGAUAGAAUUUGAGUAAAAAUCUACCAAAUAUUAUAAAAUACAUAAUUUUACCCAUUAAAUGUUAACUUAUUAAAAAUAUAUUUUUUAUUAAAUUAUUA